AUGGGCGUGGCAGGAUCCAAGGUGAGCGAGGGAGAGGAGCAGCCUGAACCUCUGCCGCUACCGAGAUGCCAGACAACUCUUCCGGGCCAGGCUCUUGCUCCUCCGCUGCCUCCGUUGAAGCGACCGUGCGGGCUUCUUGAUUCCCCGGAGAGUGCGGAGCCACGAGACAGGAAGAAGCAGAAGUUAUCAUCUGUCACGAAAAUGAAGAGGAUCAAUAAAGUCGCUACUCCUGUACCAUCUGUGGCUACUCCUGAUGCGCCUGCGAGCGGCAAUCGAGACUCCAUUGUAAACGAUCAGCGGGAUGAGAGAACGCUGAUGGUCUCCGACACGCUUUCACCAGGGAACAUUGAGGAUGCCUCUCACGCUAGCGCUGGGGAACGAGAAAGUGCUUCAGGCUGCCAACGUAAUCGAAUGCUCCCUGCUCGAGCACCACCCGAGCGCAGAAAUGUAGGUGUCAAUGGAACGAACGGGAGCCGAUUGGAAGAGGUACACGCGGACGAAAUGACUGCUGUCGAUUUUGCUUUCCUGGCCAACGGCGAGGUCCCGGAGCACAUUGUCCAUGCGGGCUAUGAAGCCACACCGCUCGCAGAUUGUAGUGAUCAGGAACCGACGCACAUCGUGACGGCUAGGCAACCCACGCCUCAGAGCCAGAUAGACGAGGCUACUGGAUGCGCGAUCGUGCAGGACAGUCCCAUAUCUCUCAUUACGCGUAGAGAAAAUCGACGUCAAAUCCAGAAAGCUAUUGACAUCUUGUCGUCUUCCCCUUUAUCAGACCUUUGUCCAGUCGGGCGCUCGGCUAGAGCUGAGACUCCAACGCAAGCGCGGUCUCUGCCACAAUCGUCCUAUGCCUAUGUGGGAUUUGUCCCUGGGGUGAAUUGGGAUGAUGAACGGUCUACGAGCGUCCGGAAGCAGAAGAUAUCCAGUGGUAUCAUGGCCUCCCCAAUCGAUCCACAUCUGCAGGACGGGAACCGUCGCCGCAAACUGGGAGGUCUAUGGAACGGAUGGCAGGGCAUGUAUAGAGAGGAUUUCGAAGGGCCUCUUUCACGAGGUUGUCUGUAG